AAGCAAUGGAACAAACCCUCAGAACUCACAUUAAGUUGUUGAAGCUAGCCACAAUCAUUGUAUUAAAAUGAAGCAGAACCAAAAAAUUACUAUUUUUAUUGUGGGGCUAGUUCUUUUGGCCAGCCAGAUGCAGGCUGCUCCAAAAGGGAAGUCAUUGCCCGCAUUUCUGAAGGUAUGUUAUCGCGACUCUCCGGACCUCAAUACCUGUGCCCGGGAAUCCUUUGAAUCUCUAAAGCCCCGCCUUAUGAAUGGCAUCCCAGAACUUUUCAUACCACCAAUGGAACCGUUGACGGUGCCAGAAAUCAAAAUGGAUCAGGAUUCUGGUGCCAUCUAUCUGCACUCCACUUAUAAAAAUGUGAAGAUAACUGGCAUGUCCACACAUAAAUUGAACGAAUUGAGCAUCGAUCCUAGUCAAAUGAAGUUCGUUGUGGCGAUGACUUUCCCCAAAUUGCACUUGGAAUCCGAAUAUAACAUUAAGGGAAAAAUCAUGAUGAUGCCGAUGUUGGGUGAUGGACAUUGUUUUGUGGAUCUAACCAAUAUCGCAAUGCACACGGAAAUGUUUGGAGAGGAAUAUACUAAGAACGGUGCGACCUAUUUGAGGAUCAAAGACAUAAAGGUCAAAUACGAUCUGCAGAAUGUGCACAUGCAGUUGGACAAUCUCUUCAAUGGCGACAAGGCUCUGGGUCAGCGUAUGAACGAUUUCCUCAAUGAGAACUGGAAGUCUUUGGCCGAAGAAGUGCGUCCUCUCAUGACUAAGGUGCUCGUGGAUAUACUGCGUGCCUCAAUUGAUAAAUUGUUUAAUGAAUUCACCUACGAACAGCUGUUGCCCCGAAUGAAGUUGUAAGCAAUUUGUUAAAAACUAAAUAUUUAAUCAUAGUUAAAAAAAAAAUAGUUAUUCCCCAAAUAGAAAAAUAAAGAUAUUAGAAAUUAAUGCAAAAUAAA